AUGGGACCAGGUUAUGAAGGGAGCGUCUCCGUAUUCCCAUGUCAAAAGUUGCACCUCCAGACAACGAGGUCGUGGGACUUCAUUGGAUUUCCCAUAACAAUUAAACGAAGUCCCGUUGGUGAGAGCAACAUGAUUAUUGGUGUCAUAGACAGUGGAAUAUGGCCAGAGUUGGAGAGCUUCAAUGAUGAAGGCCUAAGACCAAUUCCUGAAAUGUGGAAAGGGGAGUGUUGUGGUGGCACAAAUUUCACUUGCAACAGCUUCACUUUUUCAUGUCAUUUCACAUUUUCGUAUGUCAACAUAUCAGUUAUUGUGCUAUUCUGCAUUUUAUUCAACAAGAUUCAUGUAUACAACAUUGAUGAAUUGAUUUUAUGUGCUCUACCUUACCAUGAUACACAGGAGAACUUGAGAUCAUAUGAUCUUGUAUUUGAUGCGGUUUAUACACCUAGAAACACAUGGCUAUUGCAAGAGGAUGUAGAGAUGGGAGUUACAGUAGUGAGUGGUGUUGAGAUGUUCAUUAGACAAGCUCUUGGCUAG